UAUUAACUAAUGUUCUAUUAAAUUACAAUUUUAUACAUGUAAAUACAAAUAUGUAAAUACUAUUACCAUUAUUAUAGAAGUAUGUAAAUUCUUCCUAAAUAUCACAGGCUCACAGAAUUUUGAUAUUGGUGGGAUUUUAACAGCAGCAAUUUACAGUUCCUUUUUGUUUAGUCUCUACAUAAUUGAUUUCUUUUCACAGUAGAAAUCCUAACAUUUGUAUGGAAAGGAGGAAAAUUUGAUUAUUUUUAGGUUUUAUGGCCAGCUUUGGGGCUAGCUUUGGUUUAUAUGUUCCAUCUUGGGGAGGAAGGAGUCUAGUUCCUAUAGCUAGCUUCCCGGGAGAAUGGGAGGGAGAGAGAGGAAUGUAGAAGGAGAAAAACUUAACUGCUGAGGCCGUCAUUUUGUAGUUUUCUGACUCCCAACACCACCUUUUAUUUUAAAAGUCUGUAGGAAGUCGCCUAUUUAAUACCUUGGCCCACUACACGUUGCCAAUUCUCUUGUGAUAAAGGCUGCUACCAGAAUCAAAAAGAAAAGAAAACUAACAAUAGAGAACUAAACAUUAACACACCAGUGGGUUUUUAGGUUUAGAUGUGCGAGUUAGCUAGUUGUUUAAAUGAGAAUUAUAAAUUUUAAUAAACAGGGAAGAAAGAAAAGCCAAAAUUGUAACACGGGCCUCCACAAUGAGGACUAGAAUUAAUGGGAUCACUAAUUUUCUUUCUUUUCUUUGAGACGGAGUUUCACUCUUGUUGCCCAGGCUGGAGUGCAAUGCUGUGAUCUCGGCUCACCACAACCUCUGCCUCCUGGAUUCAAACAAUUCUCCUACCUCAGCCUCCUAAGUAGUUGGGAUUACAGGCAUGCGCCACCACGCCCGGCUAAUUUUGUGUUCUUAGUGGAGACGGGGUUUCUCCAUGUUAAAGACUGGUAUUGAACUCCCAACCUCAGGUGAUCCGCCCUCCUCAGCCUCCCAAAGUGCUCGGAUUACAGUCGUGAGCCACAGCGCCCGACGGAUCACUAAUUAUCCAUAUUUUUCUCUUCGGGAAGAAAACCCUUUUGGUCAGAUUUCCCUUAGCUUGGUGCUGGAGAGGGUGAGAUCUUGCAGUUUUCAAACACUUCCUAAGGGGGUUCGGUCCCCAAGAGAGCAAGCAGCAGAAAUGUCAGAGGCACCAUGCCUGUGGGAACAAAGCCGAACUCCUCAUGGAAGGAGAUUGCUACAGUUCGUCUUGUGAGCCGAAGCUCCUGUUCAAUCGUUCUAGAGAAUCCAAGCAAUAAAUGAUAUUAACCUAAAAAUGUUAAUAUAUUUAAUCUCAUUUAGUUGUUAAAAUAGGCCUAAAUUUCCUCUUUGGGGACGUAAGACUUGCAGAGAUGCCUCCAUGGAGAGCGCACUCUUCCGGCGGGAACUGGUGUCCUUGGUGACGUCAUCCGGGUCUGAGCUGUGAGGGGUGGGGCCAGCAGGCAGUACCAAAGUUCCCGUAUGUGCGUUUUCAGUCUUCAAUUAGGUCCGAAUUCCCAGCAUAUAAGGGUACUACCGUUGCUGGUCUUCCAGAUUUCUCCAGUUGGUCUUUCAGGCUGGUUCGGGUUCGCCAUGUCUGGUCGCGGCAAAGGCGGAAAAGGCUUGGGUAAAGGGGGCGCCAAGCGUCACCGCAAAGUCUUGCGAGAUAACAUCCAGGGUAUUACCAAACCUGCUAUCCGGCGUCUUGCUCGGCGCGGCGGUGUCAAGCGCAUUUCUGGACUCAUCUAUGAGGAGACCCGCGGGGUGCUGAAGGUGUUUCUAGAGAACGUAAUCCGUGACGCUGUUACUUACACGGAGCACGCCAAGCGCAAGACCGUAACAGCUAUGGAUGUGGUCUACGCUCUCAAACGACAGGGACGCACUCUUUACGGCUUCGGCGGCUAAGGCUCUUGCUUGAACGACUCAACAUCUCAACUAUCCCAAAUUAAAGGCCCUUUUCAGGGCCGCCCACA